AUAAUUAUCAAUGAAAACAGUCUUAAAAUUCAAGCACGAGUGUUUAGUGAUGAUUUUUUUUUAUAAAUAAAUAAUCAAACCGGAAUUAACAUAGUUAAAAAAAUUGCUUUUAUUUAUGUUGUAAGAUAAUUAGUUCAACCUUAACAAUGCCGACUUACGAAAUGCCUUUAUUACUCCGUAUAAUGAGCAAGCCUGAGACUUUUAAUACAUUAAAGAGAGUAUCAACUGCAAUUUUUAGUAAAAAAGGUAUCAUACGUAAAAUUGAUAAUCUUGGCCAAAAACCAACACCUUAUAAAAUGAGUAAUCAUAAUAUCGUUCAUCGAGAAGCUAACUACUACGUUAUUCACUUUGAUGUUCCUCCUCGAAAAAUUGAUGAUUUAUUAGAGGAAUAUGGUCGUGACAUCGAUAUCAUUAGAAGCAGGAUUUAUAAAAAACCUGAUGAUGAAGAACAACCACAAUGUACCUGGCACGAGGAAAUGUUACCUCCUCCAUACAGACCUGAAGUCCAAAAAUUAAUGGAUAAUGCAGCAAAAUCUAAAACAGGAUACACAAUUGAGUUUAAAUACAAUUCUGGAUUGGAUUAUAAUCCAUUCCAAAGAUAAGUAAUAAUUGUAAAAAUUGAAUGUAAAAAUUAAUGUUGAAGAUGUUAGCAGAUAAGUAAGUACCUAUUGAAAAUAAAACUUUUUUUUCGCAAA